AUUGCGAGUGCUUUCACUUUAUUGAACGCGCGGACUUGGCGUUCGCAAUGACGAGCCCUGAAUUCUCCGCUAAAGAAAAUAUUUCAGAUCAUGUGGGUCAUAUAAAAUCCCUUGAGGAUCCGAAACCUAUUUUUAAAAGUACAAAGCCCUUGACUGUCUGCCAGGAAAUUCUCCUUCAAACAGAGUUAAGGGCCAAAGAAAGAAAAGAAUUUGAAAACUACUUAAAACAAAAAGAACAAAAGCAAUUAUUUUAUCAAAAACGCCAGUUAGAACAAAAAAAAUUCGCGGAAGAAAUGGAACUUAGACAACUACGCCAGAGUUUGGUUCAUAAAGCACGGCCAUUCAAAGUAUUGCCCAAAUUUGAGAGUAUUCUCAAAGAGAGGCAGCUUCGUGGGUUUCGGGAUGCCCUUUAUGGAUAACACGCCCGCUUUUAUAAAAUCUCUUUUUACGUCAAAAAACAAACUAUAAAAAUAACUAUUUAGUUAUAAGUAGA